AUGAAGUUGAGUCACCACCAAAAUCACAAACAAUUUCCGACUUUGGCACCAGGUCCCCCGCGGAUGUUUGCUCCGCAGACGUCCACAGCGGUCACCAAGCCAAAGAAGAAUUCCACUGCCUGCUUAGCAUGCAAGGCAGCAAAGAGGAAGUGUUCUGGACCCGACGCACCUUGUAAGGCCUGUCAGGCCGCCGGUACCGAGUGUUACUUUGAUCCCAGCCGAGACCUCAGACGCAAAGUAGCAGUGAAGCGAACGAUUCAAGAGCUCACAAACCACAAGGAGCUCUUAACUGCUUUGUUAAAGACUCUCAAGAACGCCGACGAGACGCAACUUGAAGGUAUUCUAAAUUUGAUUCGGAAUGAAUCUCCAUUGGAAGAAAUCGCAGAGAGUGUCGGAGGUCCCGCAACGACAUUCGCCGAUCCCCAGGAACUGUCUACUGCGAGUAGCUUGGCCAUCUCUGAUUAUGGGGAUCAACCAGGGGAAAUUUCAGGAUCUGGGCCUCAGGCGAGACGGACUUCCGACACAAGCCUCAUGGCAAGCUCUCCAGAAGACACUCAAUUCAUGAAGAUACCACAACUUCCGGUGAUCAGUCCUUAUGCGCGGGUCUCACUGGAAAGCCUCUGUGACAUACCUUUGUUCGAGGUACCGGCAAAACCAUGGACACAAAUUACAGAUAGCGACUAUCUGGUCUCCCAUCUUGUCUCACUCUACUUCACAUGGGAUCAUCCAGGCUCGCAAUUUCUUGACCAACGCGCUUUCCUAGCGCAUAUGAGGGAUGCGGAUCCAAAGUCGGAGUUUUGUACACCUCUUCUGGUAAACAGUCUUUUGGCAAUGGCCAGUACACAUUCCGAUAGCCUCCACGUGCUAUCAAAUCCUGACAAUGCCUUCUCAAAGGGCCAGCUCUUCUUUGAUGAGGCGCAAAGAUUAUGGGAGACCGAGCUCGAAACUAGCUUGUCCCCCAUUAGCCUGCCUAACAUACAGGCUCUUCUGCUAAUGUGCUGUUUAUUUAAACUUCAAGGCCGAGUCAAGAAAGGCUGGGUGGUACUCGGACAAGCUGUUCUAAUGGCCCAAGGAACAGGGCUCUUCGAUACACCCAGCAUGAAGCAAGAUACGAUAGUAUCAGAGAUGGAGCACGUUCGUACGAUUACUGCUUGGGGUAUAUUUAAUUUGCGCUCACAACUGUCAGUGGAGCUGGAAAUGAUCGCUCCUUUGGAACAUCCCCUUUCAGAUAUCACAAUUUGCAGCAACGAUGAUGUUGAUUGGACCCCAUAUCCACGAUCCAAUAAAAUCACAUAUUCAAAACAACCAGCUCGCCUCCCACAGAUCCGACAAGGGCUAGUUGAUAUCGCCAAAAUUUUGAGCGAUGUUCAGAAGCUUAUAGGCUCUGGUAAUCGAGGCGUUGGCUCUGAUGACUUGUGGAGACAAGCAGAGAGCUCUUUUGAUCGCCUGAAUACUUGGCUCCAACACUGGCCUACGUUAUCGGAGAUGCAAAACGAUCCACUCCCCCAAGUUCUUCUCACCAGAAUUAAAUGUCUCGAGGCUACAAUCUCGCUUUUUGAGGUGUUGAUUGGCUCUGCCCAGCCACAAAUCGCUCGACAAGCUCGAAUUUACCAAAUCAAGUCAGCUCAUGAAAUGGCUCAGUGUCUUCACAUUCAUCGCCGCUCCUACGGUCUCAAGCAUAUACCCAGCCAAGUCGUCGGCGCCACUCAGAUCGGUCUUCGGGUGAUGAUCCGCCACUUUGAAGACAGUGAUGAAUCAAGGCAGGCUUUUGCUGAGCUCUGUCGCUUUGGAAUGUCUCUCAGUUCAAAAUACCAGGAAACUGCAAAUGUGGUUCAGGAAAUUAAGACAAAAGCCUUGCAACAAAACUUACGUCUUCCCCAUGAAAUUGUUGCCAUUCUCGAUGACAAAGGUUACGAAUCGUGA